UUCAAAAGAACCGAAGCUUUGGCGAAUCUCCCAUCAACUACAAGGCACUGGGGGAGGAGAAUGACAUUCUGGAUUUUGGGACACUGCAGAGAGAGUAACCCGCGCAAACAACCUCUAAACUUGUCCAAACAUCUCUCUGGGAUUAACGGAAGUGUUACGGCCAUCUCAUCUUCCUGAUUCAUCUGGAUUGCUGUUUUUGGCCACCAUGCGCUUGAGUGUGACAGGUGCGCUGUUGCUGUUGAGUUUCUACAUGUGUUUAUCAGCAGUACAUUCGUGUUUGAUCAUCAGCGAAGUGAAUUGCGAUAAUCCCAGCCUCGACACCAAGGAAUUUGUAGAGUUGUUCUCUCUUAGCCUCGGCUCCACCUCUCUGGAUGGCUAUACCCUCGUUUUCUAUAACGGCAACGGCAACGUGGCGUACCGCGUCGUGGAUCUGAGCGGACACAGCACGGACGAACGAGGAUUCUUCCUCAUUGGCUCGGCUGAGCUCAAGCCAUCGCCGGCCAUCCAACUUCCACCCAACUCCAUCCAGAACGGCCCCGAUGCCAUCGCCCUGUACGGCCCGUCCUGGGUUCCUGUCGCUGAGAACGGGAACGUCUCUGCUAUCGGGCUGCUGGAUGCCAUAGUUUACACGUCUCGCCGGGGAACAGACGCCGCCGAGAUGUUGUCACACGUCCUCACACCAGGUUCUUUACCAUAUUUGGAGGAUGAUAAAUUUUUAGAGGGAGACGAGUCCAUCCAGAGGUGUUGGCUUUCUGAUAAUUACUACAGCUUCCAAAAUGGCGUGCCCACCCCUGGACGGCACAAUAUCUGCCCGCCGUCAAACCCCGGACACCUGUGGAUUAACAGGAUCCAGUUGAGUGGAGGGACACUGACUGGACCUGUAGAGAUCAGCAUUGGGACAGAAGGCGGGGCGAUGACGGUGGUGGUGUAUAACGUGCAGACGGACACAGUGAAGACCAGUGUAGAGUUUCAGGCCAGUGAACCUGGGAAUAUCUCUGUAAAUUUGAACACAACUGCUUUGUCAGAUUUAGACGGCUGGGCGUUGGCGGUAUACCAGGGGAAGGUUGAAGAUUUCCAAAAAGGCAGCCCACUCAAUCAACUUCAGCCACUUGAUGCCUUCGUCUGUAGCGGACUUACUAACACACCAAGUGCCCUUCUCACCGAGACGCUCAUACCAGGCAGGAAAGCCUUCAAGCUCGACGGCAGGUUUUCAGAAGUCGAUGCUUAUGUCACCCGGUGUGGUACAGCUCACUGGGCAAGAGAUCCUGGAGUAUUUCAGCAUCAGAUCCAGAGACCGAGCGAGUCCAGCCACUGCAACUGGUAUAACACCUGCCCUUACAGCACUGCUGUCAACACGACAGAUGAACCGUUCGAGCCGUGGUCUGGUAUGGAUGGCGACUUCCUGAUCAGCGAGGUGAACACGGACUCGCCAGGUUCGGCAGAAGACGAGGAGUUUGUGGAACUCUGGCAUCCCUCCGGCCGCCGGACUUCACUCAGUGGCAUCUGGGUCCUGCUGAUCAACGGCAACAAUGGGAAAAUCUACCGUGAAAUCGAACUCGACGGACACUACACGGACGAUCACGGCUACUUCCUGAUUGGCAGCGAUAAGCUCAAACCACAGGUUGCCCUACCAGCAAAUACCAUCCAGAACGGCCCAGACGCCAUAGCGAUAUACCGCUCAACUUCUCCGCCCUCCAUUGAGAACGUCAUUGUUCCCAGAAAUGGGCUCCUGGAUGGCAUGGUGUAUCGAGCCCGUACUUCAGACAGAGACUGGGCAAGUCUCAUCAAAGCUCUGACACCAGGACAGCUCCCCCUGCUGGAAGACGCCACCUCACUCCAAGGAGACGAGAGUCUCAGCCGAUGUAGCCUAAACCGACUCGAUUUGAACUCCUUCAGGGUCUCCUCUCCCACACCAAUGAAAGACAACGAUUGCCCCCGUCCUCCUAAAGAGCUAGUCAUUAACGAGGUGGGCGGAAUCCUAGGAGCCGAUGUCUAUGUAGAACUGAUCGGUCCACCUUUGACACCUUUGCACGAAAUGGUUUUAGUGCUGUAUGAGCUCAGUACUGCAAGGCAUGUCGUUCCGCUAGAAGGAAGUCUUGGAAAUGAUGGAUUCUUCCUCAUGGGCAACGAGUCUAGAGCUGACCAGAAAUUGCCUGCCGUGACGUCUCUCGGUGCAGUCUGGUUGUGUUCCGGCCUACCGACCGUGUGUAGCAGUGAAUCGAAUGUUCAGGACCUGUUAGUACUAUCUAAUAGUUCAAGUCUGCGUCCUUUUCUCCACAGAGUCAAGUAUCAGGUCGUGCACCCAGUGGCCAGUUUUGACUCUGUCUCUCGCUGUGCAAUGAACCAAUCUGCCGUCUGGACCGCCUCCCAUCCAACGCCCCGCCUCCAAAACCUCUGCCCAAGCCCCACCCACUCCGUCCACAUGGAACUGUGUCUGCAGGCGGAGUCUGAUUAUCACAUUACAUGCACAGCUGAGGGAUUUGCAGAAUUGUUGGAGCGUUCCUGUCAGUGUGGUAUCUCUGGUGCCCAUCUUGCAGAUGUGAAUUUAACCUGUAUAUCUGAGAGCAUGUACGCAGAAGGUCCUGUAUUUGCACUGUCCAAUCACCAGAGGGAGCUUGUGGCCAAGACACUGCAGAAAACACACAUACGCUCCUGCAGCGUAGUCCAGGAACGCGUGUACAAUAAAGAGUCAUCGCUGGGGCUGCAGGUGGGGCUGGUGUUAACGGUGGUGCUCCUGUGUGCACUGGGAGGAGCCAUCUUCUUCUACCUGUACAAGAAAAAACGGCCGCGAGACUACUAUUCAAUGGAGCUGAAUGAACAUGACUCACACAUGGAUCUCUAGCGCUUGUGUGUGUGUGUGUGUGUGUGUGUGUGUGUGUGUGUGUGUGUGUGUGAGAGAGAACAUUUGAAAGGAAGUCUAUUUUUAUGUGGUGUGUCAUAAAACCGAGUAAAUUUCUUUUUUUUUUUCUUUUUACUAAGAUUACAUAACUGUAAGCUAUGUGGUUUUUUUGUUUGUUUGUUUUAUUUUUGUUUGUUUUACCUUUUAAUAUGUUUUGAUGCUCUUUAAUGGAAUAUUCUGUUGAACUUGAGUUGUUCACGAUAUUAAAGGUGCAGUCGGAGAUGUUUUUAUAGACCUGUAAUAUGCCAAUCAUGUCAUACUUACCUUUAAAAAAAACAAAAAAACAACGACGACAACCUCUGAUGUUGCAUGCAAGGUGUCACAAUAGAUGGCUGUUUGUUUGUUUGUUUGUUUGUUUUAUGUCGGGCUCCUGUUUUACUUUUUUCCCCGGCUCGGAAAUUAGCCCCAGGCGUUCAUACUGUCCAUGUAAUGCAUGUAAUGUUUCAUAAUAUUGAACAUGACUACAACCUGUUUAAAACGUCCGCUGUUCUUUUAAUAAAUAAAUCGUAUUCGUU